AUGGCCGGCUUCCACCUCUUCUCACGGCCCUAUGGGGAGCUUGGGGAGCCCUUGCCCGGUGGAGAGCCGGAAUUCGCGGCACCGCUGGGCUGGCCUGAGCCAUCCCUGAGCCCCUGGGCCCGGACUCCCGGCGCGGAAAUCGAGACCGAGGUGCCCUGGGGGCACCAGAAAUGUUCAUCCGCCGCGCGGUCCCGCCGGCGUGGUUCUAUGUCCUUGCCACGAGAAAGCCACAGCCUGACACACGUGGCCCGGAGACCGGCGGACCGCGCCAGGAAGCACCGGUCCGGCAGUAGGCAACUGGACGAAGCCUGCGGAGAGGCACCCACCAAGUCCAGCAGGACCUGGCAGCAGCAGCAGCCGCCGCCGCCGGAAACGCCCUCCCCCGCCCUCCCCCGGGGAGCUUUCAGCCCCCAGAGUGCUGGGACUUUGCCUUUGGAAAAGACACACAACGGAGACCGGUGGGCAGUGCCGGUGUACAGACAUGUAGGUCUCUGGUCCCCUUCGUCGGUUCUCACCGACAAGUCUUCCGGGCACUCCCUCGAGUUUGAGUUCCGGAAGCAAUCCACCCAGAAGAGGGGUAGUGGCGACCGGACUGAGUCCUUAGCCAACCAGUACUCCCAGCCCUCCACCUCCUGCAAAGAGACGAGUAGCCAGCAGGCUCAGGUCCUCAAGAGCAAGCUGGACGAAGCAGAGAUAUCCUCCAGGGACCAGAAGAUCUUGGCCCUGGUACUGAGCCGGCUCAAGAAGGCCCAGAAGAUGCGAGAGCUGCAGCAACAGGCAGCAGUCGCCUGGGAAGAGCUGAAGCGCUCAGACAAGAAAGUCCACAUGACCCUGGAGAGAGAGCGCAGGCUGCUGCUGCAGCAGAGCCAGGAGCAGUGGCAAGGACAGAAGGAACAGCACAAGUCACGGAGGGACCAUGAGCAGCUUCGCCAGGGCUACGAGCAACAGGGCGAGCGGCGGGACCGCCAGGAGAAGAGCACCAUCCAGGCCCAGGCGGAGAGCCAGAGUCGGUGGCCCGAGCAACCUGACAACCCAGAGAACGGAGACCUGGACAAGCUAGACAGGGUUCACGCCCAGGCUGAACACCUCAAACAGUGCCAGAUGCAGCGUCUGCAGGAGCAGGAGAGGGUGCUGCAGAGUCUGCGGGACCUGAACAGGCUGCAGAUGCAGAAGAAGCUGGAGGUGACCUGUCACAAGAGGCAGCAGCACCUGCCGGAGGAGAGUCAGAAGAAGGUCCCGGAGAACAACCUGAGCUCCUCCAUCAUCAACUUCCAGGCCCGCAAGGUUCUCAUGGACUGUCAGGCCAAGGCGGAGGAGCUCCUCAGGAAGCUGUCGCUCGAGCAGAGCUCCCAGAGCUCCCAGGACGUCCAAGAAGAUCUGGCUAAGGAGAGGCAUCGAGAACAGCAGGGAAAGGCCCAGAAGGAGGCAGAGCAGUUCCAGCGAGUGAGGUGGCGAACAGAGGAGGCAGAGGAACGGCGGCGCCAAGAGCGCCAGCGGGUCCUGGCGGAGCUGGCUGAGCAGAAGAUCAGGCAGGCCAGGUGUCAUGAGCACAAGACCAGCAAGGACAGGGUGCAGCACCUGCAGGAGCUGAGCGUCCUACGGGAGAGGAACAACCACAUCUUGAAGCUGAAAGCAGAGAAGGAGGAGAAGUGUCACAUUGAGGGCAUCAAGGAAGCCAUUAAGAAGAAGGAACAAAGGGUGGAGCAGAUGACCCGAUGGAAAGAUCCCAUCUUCCAGGAGUUCCAGAAGGUUCCCUCGGCCUCCAAGACAGACCGCUGCUUUGACUAUGUGGCAGCAGAGACACAGCUGCCUGCGCACCAUCUGAGUGGAAUCUAUUGA